AUGAAUUCUUCCGCUCUCAGUCCACCAAAUAGAUCGUCACUGCAAGACAUCGUGGUCGGGAAUGUCAUGCAGCGCACUACGCGGAAAAACCUCGGCAAUCUGUCUGCAGAAGUUGAUGGCUUCAUACCCCAGAGCACUAACGUUGCAAACUCGUAUCAGCAGCAGCAGAGACGCCACACGAACCACCAUGCACCGUACCAACAACCUUGUCAAGAUUACCAUUCUGAGAGUGAUACUGAGACCGCUACCGAGGAUUUCAGCACCUCUGUGAUCUCAUCAUCGAUUGUCGACCUUAUCGGGCAGAGUAGUUUGGCGUCUGGCAGAAGGCGAAUUUCAUGCCUUCUAUCCGACCUCAAGACGGUGAGCAGCAUUAAUGCAAGUAUCCAAGGAGCUGACCACCCUAUCCCGGCUGAGUUCCAGCAGGCCAUUGUGGCUGAUGCCUUAAAGAAAAAGAUUCGCCACCGAGAACGAUGUCGUAUCAACCAGGCACGAUACCGACAGCGACAGAUGCAACUCGAGACUGACAUUGAGGAUGCCAUCGCCAAGAUUAGAUCGGAAAUCAAGGAACUCGAUACGCAGUGUAAGAAUUUUUCUCGUCCUCCAACUACCCCAACGAGUUGGGCUUCGGCGUCCGAAUACUUUCGUCAGUUCAACUACUACGUUUCUUCACCAGGAACGCUCUCCAAGAUGGCAUCCAAGUUUCUUAAUGAGACUAUGGCACCAGCUGUCAUGGGCGGCUCAUUCUUUGGUGUCGAUGCUCAGCUGGAGAACUGGAGGCUGUUCGCUUUCUAUUUCGACGAAGUUCGCGUGGAUCUGAAGUGUUUGAAGACUCCGACAUCUGACACCCUGGUUGCUGAUACAGUCACCAGAGUGACCAUCACGACCAAUACGCUCCGUCGCGCUUUCCCUCACCUCAAUAGAGAUGGUACCGGUGGCUCGAAAGGCGGUCGCAACAGAUAA